UAUACCUAAAAGUCAUUGUGCCGAAAAGUUGUGAAAAAGUGAGUUUUCUGUGAGCUGCUGAAAAGAAAAAACAAAAAGUAGAUUCAAGCAAUAUUUUAUUUGGUUUUAAAAGUGCACAGGUCGCGGUCGCCGCCGCCGUUGUCGUCGUUCUCAAGCUGCGCUGCACCCACGUCAAUAACGCGUAAACAAACAAAAAGAAUACAAAUCGCGUACGCUAACGCUCAAGCUUCCCAAGAAAUUGAAUAAACGCAAGAACCGUGGACGACGCCGCAGCCGAAACCGUCGCCGUGAUGCCCGGAGCCGGCACGUUCAAGUUGUUCAUCGGUAAUCUCGAUGAGAAGACGCAAGCAACCGAAUUGCGUGCGCUUUUCGAGAAAUACGGUACUGUAGUCGAAUGCGAUGUGGUGAAGAAUUAUGGCUUUGUGCACAUGGAAACCGAACAGCAGGGUCGCGAUGCCAUACAGAACUUGAACGGUUACGUGCUGAACGAUAACGCCAUCAAGGUGGAGGCCGCCAAAAGCCGACGCGCCCCCAAUACGCCGACAACGAAAAUCUUCGUUGGAAAUCUAACCGACAAAACGCGUGCGCCGGAGGUGCGCGAACUAUUUCAGAAAUACGGCACCGUCGUCGAAUGCGACAUUGUGCGCAACUAUGGGUUCGUGCAUUUGGAUUGUGUCGGUGAUGUCCAGGAUGCUAUCAAGGAGUUGAACGGUCGCGUUGUCGAUGGCCAGCCGCUCAAGGUUCAGGUAUCCACUAGCCGGGUACGCCCCAAGCCGGGCAUGGGCGAUCCGGAGCAGUGUUAUCGUUGCGGCCGUUCCGGUCAUUGGUCGAAAGAAUGUCCGCGUUGGACAGGCACUGGUGGACGUGAGCCACCACCACCGCUGAGCGCCGGCGGCUACAGAGAUCGCAUGUACAGUCGUGAUCCGUAUCCUCCGCCACCGCCACCGCCGCCAUUCCUGCGUGAUCGCAUAAUGGACGGCUUUAGGGAUUACGAUUACUAUGACCGCCGUUUCGAGGAUUCACGCGAUCUGUACGAGCGUCGCUAUCAGUCAUCACGCAUGCGUGACUUCCCACCGCCGCCGAUUUCCCGUCGUGAACCAAUGCCCCUGCCCCCACCGCUGAGCGGCAGUCUGCGUUCCUGCAGUGUCUCCCGUGGCUAUGACACCAUGUUUAGUCGGCGUUCACCACCGCCGCCACGCAGCAGCAACGGCAUGAGUCGUUAUGGCUCACCAACGCCGCAUGGCUAUGAGGACUUCAGUCGUGACUCUUUUGACGAGCGUAUGAUUUCGUCGCGCGGCAUGCGCGGUCCUUCACCGCCAGGUCGCCGCUAUGCGCCCUACUGAGAUGAGUUUUAUUAUAACGGCAGCAGCUGAGUGACAGCAGCAGCUGCUUUGGGCGGUGCAUUUGCAGCAACUGCGCCACCAUUAAUACCCAUAUACAACUUUAACGCUUUUAACGGUGCAUCAUGUUGGCUACUCUGCUGGUCGCCGACGCAUCAUUAUCCUCAACUGCAGCAGUUGCCGUUCUUACAUAUGUGGAUACCACCGCCAUGGUAAUCCCGUACGCGUAAUCAAACAGAGCAAUAACAAACGCAAAAACAAAAUAAUAAUCAUCAUCAUCGUCCAUCUAGGCAUCCCUAUCAUACCUAUCAUAAUUAUGUAGCACUGACUGAUAAUGACGACAACAAUAAUGUGGCAGGUAACAAAUAUUACCAGCAUUAUAUGUUUCAUUAUUUCAUCAAAGAAGUUCAUUCUUAAGCGUAAAUAACUACAAACUAUUGGAUUUGUGUGAUUAGAAUAAACCAAUAAACUUCAGCACCAAUAUAUGUUUGUGCGAUCGUGAAAAAAGAAACAAAAAUAUAACCAUGUGAAGACAACAUAAAAAGUGCAUCAUAAAGUUACUAUCAAAAAUA